AAAAUAGUAAUAAAAGUGAAACCAAGGACCAAAAUAACAGUUUACUCAUUUUGAAAAAGAAAAAUACAAUCUCUCUUUUUGUUAUUUUACAAGGGUUUCUCGUCUCGUCUCGUUCCGUCUCGCUUUCCGGCUUCCGAAGGCUGUGGCAGACCGACGAACUUCCGACCAGUAGAUCUCAAUCAUCGUUGCUGUAUCCACUUUCCGUUAAAAUGUUCAAGAACACAUUCCAAUCUGGUUUCUUGUCCAUCUUGUACAGCCUAGGGAGCAAGCCUUUGCAGAUAUGGGAUAAAGAAGCUGUUAAUGGCCAGGUCAAGCGUGUACAUGAUGACGACAUACAGUCAAACGUUCUCGAAAUUGUUGGAACAAACAUUCCUUCAACAUACAUUACAUGUCCGGCUGAUCCAGCUGCUACGCUUGGUAUAAAGCUGCCGUUUCUGGUAAUGAUUGUGAAAAACGUGAACAAGUAUUUUACGUUUGAGAUUCAGGUUCUGGAUGACAAGAACGUCAGACGUCGCUUCCGGGCUUCUAAUUUUCAAUCUAUGACUCGAGUUAAACCAUACAUAUGCACGAUGCCUCUGCGGUUGGAUGAAGGAUGGAAUCAAAUUCAACUGAACUUAGGUGAUCUUACUAGACGUGCAUACGGAACAAAUUACGCUGAGACACUGCGUGUUCAAGUUCAUGCAAAUUGCCGCCUCAGAAGGAUUUACUUUUCUGACCGCCUUUAUUCAGAGGAAGAACUGCCACCAGAAUUCAGACUUUACCUUCCCAUGCAGAAACAAUGAGAAGAAAGUCAAGUGUUGAAAGUUGAAAGUUGCAAUGCAGAAUGUCAUGGUGUGAUAUGUGAUUUGAUGAAACUAGUAAUGUUUUAUGCACAUGUAUUGUGCAAGGAUCAGAAAUUUCUUCUAUUUUCUCUAAUGUAAUUUGACUUCAUGUUAUUCAUCUAUCCUAUCCUAUGGUUUUACAUCCA